AUGAGCAAGGAGAAGCACCACCGCGACUGGAUCCUCCGCCGCUGCUGCGGCGCCAUCGCUGCCUGCAUCCUCACGCUCUUCGUCGUGGUCGGCUUCAUCGUGCUCGUCAUCUACCUGGCGCUGCACCCCUCCAAGCCGUCCUUCUACCUCCAGGACGUGCAGCUCCGGUCCAUCGACCUCAGCGACCCGGCGCUCUCCCUUGACCUCCAGGUGACGAUCGCGUCGCGGAACCCGAACGACCGUGUGGGCGUGUACAAGACGCUGGACGCGUUCACGACGUACUGCGAUGAGCCGGAGCCGGUGACGGUGCCGGUGUCGAUGCCGUCGAUCUACCAGGGCCACAAGGACGUGUCGGUGUGGUCCCCCGUGAUGUCGGGCGACGCCGUGCCCGUGGCGCAGUAUGUGGCGGACGCCAUGAAGCAGGACAUCGUGGCGGGCUACGUGCUGCUCCACGUCAAGGUGGAGGGCCACGUCAAGUGGAAGGAACGUGGAGUCGUUCGUUCCCUGUGCCUUCUGGAGUCUCGAUCGCACCGAGCCGCGACUUUGCCUAUAGAAUAA